CCUGGGUCGACACAGCCUGGGAACUAGAUUUCACUGAGACGGAGCCUUUGGAUUCUAGGCAUGAGAGUGCGAUCACAGAGGAUGGUUUGGAUGCCUUCUCCCAGCUCUACGAGACUCUCUAUCCCUUUGCUGCCAAUGAGCAGGGAGCUACCGAAAGCAUCUGGGCCCUCUUUGCCGAGAACAAUGUUUCCCACAAUGCCCUCGUUGCUGUGUUGUAUCACUUUGUCCAAGAGGCUCAAAAUAAAAAGGCUGAUGUCCUGCAGCGGCUCUAUGCACUCCAUGCAGCUGGGCUGUACUUCCUCCUGGUUGAAAUUCCAGGCAGCAUAGCCAAUCAGCUGUUCCAUCCCGUGAUGUUUGAAAAGUGCCUUCAGGCCAUCCAGAAGUGCUGGCCUCAGGGCCUGGACUUGCCCAGGAAAAGGAAAAAGAGCCAAACAUCAAAUCAUCAGCAUGGAAAAAAUAAGAGGGGAAGGGUGGCGAAGAAGACUAAUACCCAGAUGGAUGAUAUCUUUGAAGAGGAAGAGGAUCAAGACGAGGAGCUCUUUUUCUCUGCAUCUGACCUUCUGCAAAUCCGGGAGGCCCUCUUCCUUCUCCUGAAGAACUUCCUGAGGCUUCUUUCCAAGUUCUCCCUGAAAGAGACACCGCAGUGUGUUCAGGCAUGCAUCCAGAUCUUUCUUGACUUCUUGAGUUUUGAGCCUUGCCCACGCAGCCUCGAGCCUUCAGAGAGCAUGACUCCUGAUCAAGCCAAGUAUUUCCCGGAGCUUGCCCACCUUGGCUUGCGACUCUUGUGUUCCGAGCUUCACAGCCUGCAAGAUAAGACUCUGCGCUGGAUGUUCCAUCGGCUUCUGCAUGUUGUCCUUAUGCUGCCAGGGCGAGGAGGAUCCGGCGCUGCGCCUGCUGUCGUUCCACCUCAGGCCAUUAGUGCCAGCAACCAGGCAGUCAGGUUCAUCAGCUCUCUCACUGAGGAACUUGGAGAAGUUGCUUUUCCUGUUCUGCGAAUCUUACUGCAGCACAUUUGCGUCAAGGUCCCCGAUAAGUCUGAAUACCGCACACAUGCAGCACUGGCUCUGUCGCAAUUGCUGCAUCAACUCCCUUGCACACAGCAUGCCGAUUUCAUCGCGUGGCUCUACAGGUAUUCGUGCAACAGCAAGAUUUCUUACCGAGUGUUUGCCCUCGAUGUUGCCUUGGCCCUGCUGGGAUUUCCGGAGAGGGAACAUGACAGCUCCUUGUCUGAGGAGCAGCAGAUGUUCCUGAAGCACAAGUUCCUGGUGCAGGUGAUGAUCUUCGGCCGAUGCUCGGACAAAGCCCCGACAGUGCGCGGCAAGGCGCUUUCAAGCUUCGCGCAGUGCCUGGAGACAAAAACCACAUCCAGCGUUGAGAACAUCCAGGAGCUCUUGCAAAGCACUGUUGGUUCGUCAGCCGUGACCACGCACGGGCCCACGGGGACUUCUUUGUCCAACACAGAAGGACUCUCCCGGCCUCAGAAGACCUUCCCAACCUUCAAAACCAUUGAAGUGAGCGAUGAGCGUGAUACCGACGAUUUUGAUGGAAAGGAGGUCAUGGCUAUGCUGAGACUGAGAGCUGGGGACGAGAAGACCAAUGUAAGGAAAUCUGCCCUCCAGGUGCUCAUGAGCAUCUUGAAACACAGCAUGAUCCCUUGCACCCCGGAAGACUUGGCCACGCUCCAGGAUCGGUGUCGCGAUCCUGCAGUCUCUGUAAGGAAGCAAGCCCUGCAGUGCAUUACGGACCUCUUAAUGUCUCACCGUGAUGACGUUCUGAUCCAGAAGGCCUGGCUGACAGGCGUCAUUCCUGUCGUCAUGGACUGCGAGAGCUCCGUGCAGGAGAAAGCCUUGGCCUGCCUCGACCAGCUCUUGCUGCAGCCCAUAAAGCACAGCAGGCAUCAGGAGGCCGGGCAAAAUCUGGCCUGGGAUCUGCUGACACUGCUCACGAAAGAGAGUCAAGAACUAAGCCGCUACUUAAACAAAGCUUUCUGCGUAUGGUCCAAGCAAGGCCGCUUCUCCUCCACCUUUGUUAACGGGCUCAUCUCUCACGUGGGCACGGAGCGCUCUUCGCCUGCCUGGAUGCUACUGGCCAAGGUGGCUGGCUCCGCCCCCAAGCUGGACUAUUCUAAAGUCAUCGAUGCCUGGGAUGAGAUCAGCAGACAUCACACUGCUGACUUGGACACCACUGUGCACAUGCUGUGUGUGAUUGGCAGCAUUGCCAAGCACCUGUCCCGGAGCAUCCAGCACAAGCUGAUAGACAAUAUCAAGUCUUGGCUGCGUGAUUUCCAGUGCCCCCUGGAAGCAAUCAGCCCAGCUGUUGAGACACUGCAGAAACUUUGCCACGCCUCCUCGGAUGCCCUGGAGGAAGCACUGGCACUGUUGAAUGAGAUCUGUGGUGAUCUCGUGUCCGUGUGUGAGAGCUGCAUCUCAAGCGUUGUCCUGAAAGAGGGCGGGGCAGAGCAGCUGCAAGAGGAUGUCUUGGUGAGGCAUCUCUUCACCCUGGGCGAGGCCGCACAGCUGUGCCCGGCUAAAGUGGAGAAACGCAUCUUCUUGCUGAUCCAGUCCAUCUUGGCAAGUCCUGUUGCUGCGGAACAACUAUCGAGUCCUGCAGAUGACAAUGACAACGAUUGCCCGGCAACUGAGCCGUUGUCCCAGUUCAGAGGCUCCGUGAUGCCUUCCGUGGUCCGAGCACACGCCUUCAUUACCCUGGGUAAGCUUUGCCUGCAGCACGAGGAUCUGGCGAAGCAAUGCAUUGCGGCCCUGGCUCGGGAACUGGAGGUGUCCAAGGACAUGGCCAUCCGCAAUAACGUCGUCAUCGUGAUCUGUGACCUCUGCAUCCGCUACACCACCCUGGUGGACGAGUACAUCCCCGACAUCUCCACCUGCCUGAAGGACCCGGAGCCUUUCAUCCGGAAGCAGACCCUCAUCCUCCUGACCAACCUGCUCCAGGAGGAAUUUGUCAAGUGGAAAGGCUCUCUGUUCUUCAGAUUUGUGAGUGUUCUGGUGGACCCAAACCCGGAUAUUGCCAGCCUCGCAGAGUUCUGUUUAGUGCAUCUUCUGCUCAAGAGGAAUCCAGCCAUGUUCUCCCAGCACUUCAUCGAAUGCAUCUUCCACUUCAACAGCUAUGAGAGACACGAGAAAUACAACCGGUUCUCCCAGAGCGAGAGGGAGAAAAAACUGUUUUCCCUGAAGGGCCAAGCUGACAAAGGGAAGCGGAUGCAGAUCUACAAGUUCCUGCUGGACCACUUUACAGACGAGCAGAGGUUCAACAUCACCUCUAAGAUCAGCCACAGUGUUUUGGCAUGCUUUGUAGAUGAAGUCCUCCCACUGGACAUGGAAGCCAGCGAGCUGCUCUCAGACACCUUCGAGAUCCUGAGCUGCAAAGAGAUCAAGCUGUCGGCCAUGAGAUCCAGACCGGAGGAGGACCUCCACCCGGAGGAAGACGAGAUGGCCAUGGCCGACGCCGUCAUGCAGGUGGCCCAGAAGAAACUCAUUUCGCAAGUUCAAAAGAAGAACUUUAUCGAGCACGUCAUUCCAAUCAUCACUUCGCUGAAGACCUUGUUGGAGCAAAGCCGGCUUCCGGCAUCGAGGGACCUCAUGAACUACCUCCGGGAAGUGAUGCAGGACUAUCGGAAUGAAAUCAAAGAGGUGUUUGCUGUGGACAAGCAGCUGGCUGCCGAGCUGGAGUACGACAUGAAGAAGUAUGAAGAGCAGCUGCAGAGGGAGCGGGAGCCAAGCCCGGAGCUACCGGAGGAGCCAGAUACACUCCCUGCUCAGGUGGCAGCACAGCGGUCUCCCAGCUCUGAGAGGGCCGAGCUUCGCGGGGACCUCCACGAUGCAGGUUCUCCAACCACCCGAAGAGACUCCUUGCCGCCGAGAGCUGCUCUGCCGCCUUUAUCGAUGGGGUUUCUGACGCCCCCCGCAAGAAUCCUGAAGCCCAAACCCAGGAGGAUGUCCCUGAAUACCUUCGCCAUCCUCAACUCGGCUAAAAAGGCCAUGGAGGCAGCCAGAAAGCAGCGCAGCAGGAGCCUCAGCGGGCAGCCUUUGUCUCCGGAGAGUCAGCGGAGCAGCAAGCAAGUGACCCUUAGCAGCCUAACCCAGACGUCUUCCGAAGGUACCGUCCUCCACGGCAGAGCCAUCAGCACUCCAGAGAAAUCUAUUAACAACGUGACUUUUGGCGCUGGAGUCAGUUACAUCAGCCUGACGGGCACGCCCACUUCAGCUCAAGAAAAACGAGCCCGGGAUCAGUCAAAAGAGAUUGUUUGUUUGGCAGCCCCCGAUAAGCCCUCCUCACAGCCCCAGCCGUGGAAGGUUAACUCUCCAGGGAGGAAAAGCUGCACGACUCGGACAGGGCUGAGGAAGUUCAGUUCCAAGACUCCCCUGAAGCCAGCCAACUGACGCCGCGACAUCCGCGGGAGGCAAAAUCUUGUACAGAAGCAAAAUCAUGGUGUUUAUAAAGCAAGUCCUUUCCCCUCCCCCCCACCCCUCGGAAUCUCUUUGCAGACAACAGCUUUGAUCCCCGUAAAUACUUUUUCUAGAUUUUCUAUGCUGUUAUUGCUUUGUUUUUAACCAGAAUGAUACAGAUCUCUAUUUUGGGACUGGUCUAGGUCCUACGGUGCCAGGAGAUACGGUGUCUGGCCGUGUCACAUAAAUUGUUACUCGCCGCAGAGCAGGGCUGCUUUCAGGCUGAAGGACUCGCUCGACCCGUUCACGGAGGCGACUGGUUUCAGGUCGAAGGGGCAGGUCUGUUGGUUGUGCCUGCUGCUGAACCGAGAUCGUGUGUGGGAUCUUCCUGUACCUUGCUCAAAGCAUAAGCUAGCUUAAUUUUACCCUUGACAUGCACUCAUGUCCAUCUGCUAUCUGAGAGACAGCUUUCCAUAGACGAAAGGCUUGAGCCGGCAUAGAGAGACCCUCUCAGUAAAGGGCAGCACAGAAGGAUUAGUCUUCCAAGUCGCUGGGGGUGGGUGGGUGAUGAGCUGUGGGUACAAUCCAGAGCUCCAGGUGUAACUCUACACACCGUAGCUUGUGCCCUGUUUCUCUAGACAGUCCUCCGGUUCUUGCCUGAAUAGAUUAUUUCCUGGUGUCGGAGCAGGUUCUGACCUCCAACUGUUUCAAUGAUAUGCACAAUAAAUAACGAACAGACCCCCA